GUAGUUGUUAAUUUUAUCAACUUUCGACUAUAAUAUACAAUAAACUGUGAAUUUUCAACAAAUAGUCAUACGGCCGUGCUAAUGGAAAAAAAAUAAUCAACACAAAGUUUUAAUUUUAAUAGUAGUUCUGAUACUUUGGCUCUUAAAAAAACUGUUAAACAUUUAUUUUCUCAUAAUAAUAAUUAGCUAAUUAUCUGCUAGUUGGCGUAGGAAAAACUUGUUAAACACUGCUCUAGGGGGAUUAUGUUGUGAAAUAUUCACCCGUCGUAUGUUGCAUUACGUAGCCUACACUACGGAGAGUUUUCAGAUGCUGUACAACGUACGGUUUAUUCUGUACCGAUCGUACGUACGCACUUUGAGAGGGAAUUGCUAUCAGUAAACGUUGUUACCAGCAUUACUCCAUUGAAUAUUCAUACAAUUUUUAAAAAAAACUUUACAUCCAGUGUAGAAUGAAGUUCACGAAAUUAAACUUUGGUGUAAUAACAGUUAUAAUGUUCUGUAUGAUUAUUGAUACAGAACCAACAUUUAGCCCAAGAACUGCGCUCGAAAUGAUCCACCAGAAGCUUUGUGUUUGUCCAUGCGGAAAUCCAAAAGGAGGAAAGCUUUAUACCGUACCAAAUAUGCGUCUGAAUUGGUUCGAAGCGGUGGCACACUGCAACUCGAUCGGUAUGUCAAUUGCUUCGAUAAAGGAUGCAAAUGAUCGACGAUUGUUACAGAUGUAUUUGCAACCAACCCGGUACAAGUUACGGUCACAGGUAGGAAAUCAGUCGCCGUAUUGGAUCGGAGCGAAUAAUCUUGCUGCCAAUAAUGGUCUUCGAUGGGGUUUAACUAAUCAAGAAGUGACAACAUCAGAAUGGAAUCCAACAUCAGUGCCAAGCAAUGACCGAUCGGAACCGUUCUGCGUGUAUAUAAAGGCUGAAACUAUGCGAUGGACUCCAGCCCAAUGUGAUGGUGAACAAAGGCAAUUUAUUUGCGAAUAUUAGCAAGCAGCAGGCCACAGUUUAAACACAAUAAACUUUUUAAGCUUUUA